AACCGUCGACGACCGGGCAACGUUGUCUUUCGAGGAUUCGCUUCGCAAACAUAACAGAAACUUGAUAAUGGAGUCCGACGACGAGGAUAUAUUCGCUAUUAGUGACGAAGAUAUGGCCUUGCCGGCUCAAACCGAGCCGGUGAAUCCUGUCGAGGAGCAUUUAUUGAAGCAGCUCGCUGAUAUCGAGGAUAGGAUCAACGUUACGACGAGCGAAAUCGCUGAAACGAAAACAACCAUUGCGUGCGUUUUGAACGCUCUAGAAUGGCGCGCACUUCACGGAGAGGAUGCGAACUCGGGCUCGGACAACGAGAUGUACACUGCCGAAGGAGUACCUAUGAUAAAGAAACAGCGACGCAGCAGCACUAGUAGCCCAGAAAAACUAUUGGAAGUAAUCUCACUAUGGCAAUGUGUUCUUCAGGAUAAAUGGAUUAUUGGAGUAGAAUUGUACAACAGAUCCUGCUGCACGUUGCUUAACCCCAGAUAUUAUCCAUACGUGUUAUCCACACCGGACGAAGAGAUUUUCGGCGAGUCGAUGUUCUGGAAAUUAAAAGAAGGACAUUUUUUCCAUUCGGAAAAAAUCAACUGGAUCCAUCCCGGAGCCGUUGUGGCGACAAUGGUGCUCGAUCUACCAACGUUCGAUCAGGAGCCUGUCAUCAAGUGCUGGGGUAUAAUCUCAUACGAGAUCGAUGAGACACAAUUCCAAAUCCCUCUGCCAACCACUGAGCUCUCCAUCGACGAAACGAUCAAUAGUUCAUGUAUAAGAUUUUUAAAUGAAAACGGACGCAGUGCGAUAUUAGCCUUGAAAAGCACAUCUACCAUAGAGAAAAUCUUUAAUAUUCAGACAGACAAUCAAGAUGAUCGAAACGGGUUCGGCAAUAAAUUCUUUCGUUUCUUGAUCGCAAGAACCUUUACAAAAGUUUGGGACAAUGUUUUCUUGGUGAAAGAACAUGGUUGUCUGAUGUAUUGUUUGGUCGAGAUACAAUCGAUUGAUGUCAACAAAGCGAAUAUCAGGAUCUUUGCCAGAUCUGUCAAUCAGCUGAAUAUAAUAUUGCAUCUUCUACAAGAUGAAUUUCCGGAUGUAUCUGUUGCGGAGGAGACAGAUGAUUGCGUUGAGGCUGCGAAGGCUUUGAUACACGAGUUGGAGAUAAUUCGCGAUCAAAAAAAUAUCCUCGAGAUACAAGAAGCGAAAGUGAUAACAGACUUGCUUAUUCCUUAA